UGCUUCUGAAUCCCCUCCGCCAUUCUAGCUUUUGGCUGCCCCAAACCAAGCCUCUGUGUCUGAGUAGGGCAGCGCUUUGGGGACACAAAUAUUCCCUCUUCUUUGGGCUUCGCCUUGUACUUCUUCGUUCCCAGGGCAAAUCUGGGGCGGCAAGUAUUAGUGUCUCCAUUGCGCUGCUGCCCAGGAGAUAGAAGGCUGAGCCCCGGACAGAGUUCAGGCUGACUGGGUCCUGGGCCCAGCGAGAAGCUGCCGCUGCCCGGAUGUUGCGAUGGCUGAUCGGGGGAGGCCGAGAACCUCAGGGACUGGCCGAGAAAUCUCCCUUACAGACAAUAGGUGAAGAACAAACCCAGAAUCCCUACACUGAACUGCUUGUACUGAAAGCUCAUCAUGAUAUUGUACGGUUUCUGGUACAGUUAGAUGAAUACAGGUUUGCAUCUGCUGGUGAUGAUGGAAUUGUAGUUGUGUGGAAUGCCCAGACAGGAGAAAAACUUCUGGAACUUAAUGGGCACACUCAGAAGAUAACAGCCAUUAUUACAUUUCCUUCCUUGGAAGUUUGUGAAGAAAAGAAUCAACUGAUCUUGACAGCCUCUGCUGAUAGAACAGUUAUUGUAUGGGAUUGUGAUACUGGCAGACAAGUUCAGAAAGUAUCAUGCUUCCAGUCUACUGUAAAGUGCUUAAUUGUUCUUCAGAGACUAGAUAUUUGGCUCUCUGGUGGGAAUGACCUAUGUGUGUGGAACCGAAAAUUAGAUCUCCUGUGUAAGACCAGCCACCUUUCUGAUACAGGGAUCAGUGCUUUGAUUGAAAUACCUAAGAACUGUGUUGUGGCAGCAAUUGGCAAAGAACUGAUAAUUUUCAGGUUGGUAACACCAACAGGAGAAUCACUGGAAUGGGAUAUUCUUGAAAUUAAGCGCCUCCUUGAUCACCAGGAUAAUAUUCUCUCCUUGGUUAAUGUCAAUGAUUUGAGUUUUGUAACUGGCUCCCAUGUUGGAGAAAUGAUCAUCUGGAAUAUUCUGGACUGGACAGUGCAGGCCCGUGAAUGCAACUUCUGGGACCCAUCCCCACAGCUGGACACCCAACAAGAAAUAAAACUCUGUCAAAAACCUAAUGACAUUUCUAUUCAUCACUUCACAUGGGAUGAAGAGAAUGUAUUUGCUGCCGUUGGAAGGGGUUUAUAUGUGUAUAACCUUCAAAUGAAGCGUGUGAUUGCUUGCCAGAAAACUGCCCAUGACUCCAGUGUCCUGCACAUUGCCAAACUUCCAAACAGGCAGUUAAUCUCAUGCUCGGAAGAUGGCAGUGUACGCAUUUGGGAGUUAAGAGAAAAACAGCAGCUUGCAGCUGAACCUGUACCAACAGGUUUUUUUAACAUGUGGGGAUUUGGAAGAGUAAACAAACAAGCCAGCCAACCUGUUAAAAAGCAACAGGAAAAUGCCACUCCGUGUUCAUUGGAGCUUAUUGGAGAUUUGAUUGGACACUCCUCAUCUGUGGAGAUGUUUCUGUACUUUGAAGAUCAUGGACUAGUGACUUGUUCUGCUGAUCAUCUCAUUAUUUUGUGGAAAAAUGGAGAAAGAGAAUCUGGAUUGCGCAGUUUAAAAUUAUUUCAAAAACUGGAAGAGAAUGGAAUACUUGUGCAUGAACCUUGAACAUCAAAUAUAGGUUUCCAGUGUUCUGCAUUCCAAUUCAGUCUCUCUUUAUACCUCUGAAAAAUGCAGCAUGGAGUACAGAGGAUUUGAAAAGAAAAUGAAGCUAUUUUGUUUACGGAGUUUCUAAUAUUUACAAUACAUAGAGAACAGGUGGCCGGUAAAAGAGAAAGGAAAAUCUCAAGUCUGACUUUAUGGAGAUCACAGAAAGUUUUCAAAAGAGCUGUAUAAAAAUAUGCACUUGUGCUUUAGAAGCUUUUAGCAUACAAUUAAUAGCUUAAAAUAGUAUUUACUGCUUCCCCUUACGUCUGUUUUCUGAUAUAUUUACACACCUUGCAGUCUUUUCUGUUUUACAUCAUUAAAGCAAAAUGGCAAGGUCUCAAAUAUAGAUUAAAAACAUCUGAACCCUGAAACUUCCCCAUCCCUCCCCAAAUACAUUAUGUAUAGAUGGUACACUGCGUAACAUACUCCAUGGACUUGUACCCAGGAAAUUCAGAUUGCUUUAAUAAAAAUUUUAAACUGUGAAUGUAUAUAAAUUUUCUUUUUUAAAAAAUCUUAUCCAAGGGCAUUCAGGUUUAAUGGCUUUUAUAUAAUACUCACUAUACGGCCUUGUGACUGCCUCUGUAAACCAGAAACAAGGGAAGUGCGUGGAGUCCCCCCAAACAAGGUGUCAGUCCCUUCCCUACCGUGAAUGGCUCACUGUUAAGGUGAAUUGCUUUUAUAGGAAAGAAGGCUACACAGGCUGCUUCUACCAGUCUUCAGAAGGCACUCACCAGGCCCAGGCUGUGGUCUACCUAGGGUGUCACCCCCUUGAUCAAAAGAACUGCUUAGCCACAGAGGCUGUGAAACUAGUUUAUCAAUAAUUUGGUCCUAGUUGUUUUGCUCAUUUUAUAAAUAGUUUUUUUCCUUAGGUGUUUUUAUGAAUCUUUCAGACUGGUGCUCUUGAGGAAAAUAGUCAAGCUAAACAGCAAUGUUGACUUUUAUGGUAAGAGAUGAGCUGAACACUAGCUAAGCUGUGUCAUCCACAGAGAUGGGCUCACAGGCACCAAGUUUUUGCUGCUUGUAUCCUGCUAGAGUAAAUGAGCUCCAUAGUUUGAUGAGGACACUAUCACCAAGUGUUCAAAAGAAAAAAUAUUUUUCUUAAUGGAACAUAACUUUCUAAAAAUGCAAUUUGGGACUUGAGUGAUUCAAAGUCAAAAAUUAAACACUAACCCCUUAACCUACACCUGUCUUUUCAGUAUAAAGGAAAGCCUCUUAUUUACACUACUGUGAUUCACAGUGCCCGUUGCAGAUCAAGAGGUCCCCUUCUCUCUCGGGUUUAGCUGUCAGAUGGAAGCCUCAGACUUUUGCACUUUAGGUCAUCUAAUGUCUUCCAGUGUUUGUAGUUAUCAGCCAAAUGUUGCAUCAGGGCUGGCAGAUGGGCAAAGGCUGCAAGGACAUCAAAGAAUCACAGGUUAGAUGCCAGGAACAUUUAGAAGGCCGGUGCUCUGUGAGACAUAUGGAGGCUCAAUAUAGGAAGAGAGGUACCCUAGGUCAGGCCUUAUGCUACACAUGAACAUACAAGCAUGAGAAAGGUAGAUCGUUAAACACUAGUUUCUGAAAUACAAACAGGUCCUCUUAGUUAAAAGUGGAAGAGCCAUUUAUCAGCAACAUUACAAAAUGUAUUAAGUCUACUCUGAAUCAGAUUCUUUGGGUAUUCUUUCUAGAGUUUCCUCCAAUGAUAGGAAAAACUGCUAUAAGCUUUGGAACCCUAUGCUUUGAAGAAGUGAAGACUUGUAGAUCCAGUUAUCAAACGUCCAUGGAGUCUUCUGUACUCAGAGGUUCUCUGCAAGGUGCUGGCGAUGCAGAAAGUGGACAUGCA